CAUUGGAGCUUAGAACAUACUUACAUGACAGAUCCUUGAUGCAAUAUGCUGAUAAAAUGGAAGCCUCUAAGAUGACACUAUCCGAGCUUCUAAGCACCACAACCAUUUCGCUCUCCUCGCAAUUCGGCAUGAAGAGAGGCCACGUUUCUCGCUUCAUCAACAGAGAAAACAGUUGCGGAAUACCGAUGGUGAGUUCAUAUUUUCGUCCUGCAAGCGAAAAAAACACGAAUGAUCAGACCUGCGAUGGGAGCGAAAAUGAUUCAAAUAAAGGGAGCUUACACAGGCUCCAGUCUCAUCUGAAGUUGAAUCCUAACUAUGAUCCAUCCACAGCUAAAGCUGUUUUGGAUUUGAAGCUCAAUGAAGGUCAUGUAUUUAAGGGCAUUGUGGCUUCUAAACCCGUCGAACCGCGACUAUUCGGUUGUAUGCAGCCACCACAUAUUGUGGAAGAUGUUGCUUCACAUUCUACAUUAGGAAAUAUUGCAGUGCAGAAGCUCACUCCAGAGUAUAAAGUUGGGGUUCAACGACUGCUGGAAACCAAAGCUCCACCUAUGAAAGCUUCAGAUUUAUGGAGCGAAAAGGCGACGAUUCUGUUGUGCAUUCGGCGCCCCGGAGCUGAAGCACAUCAGUUGUACUCAAGGAAAGCAAUAUUUGAUGCAUUGGGGUUUAAACUUGUUGCUGUUCUACACGAAAAGAUAGAGUCCGAGGUGAUUUCUGCUACACUAAUCUAUGGUUUUUAA